UCAGGGGGCGUAGGUUUACCACCGGCUCACUCAGACACAAUGAGCCGUCAGUCGGUGGGGUACACGCAUGUUGGUUCGGCGGCAUUGGCACAAUUUUAGCCCACUUUUAUCCACUUAUUUGCUUCUUUGAUGUACUUGACUAUUACGGCACCGCUUUAUGGGGUUUACAUGUGCGGCUCCGUCGAGUUUGAUGAAAACGAGGUCGGGAGCAGACUACAGUAGUUAGCCCCUCCUGCCUGGCUGAACCCCCCACCGCCUCAUUUAUUUUUGCUACUUUUGGACCAACAAUGUCGGUCACUGCGUCCUCCGACUACUUCGCCGCCGAGUGUUUGGUUUCUAUAUCGAGCGGCCCCGUUUUGCACAGACCCACCCCGGUGGCCCUCGUCGCCGCCAGCCAGGAGAGCAGCAGCAGCAGCACCGCCGCCGCGGUGGUGGGCCUCCCCCCAGGAGAGCACGAUGGCUCGAGUGAGGACCGAGAAGUGCGGGACACCCUGAGGUUGGAGGGGGCCAACAUGAUGACGGUGGCCGGUAUCCUCACCGACCUCCACGGCAAGUUCCGGCCCAUGUCGGCCUACUCUGAGAGCAGCAACUCUUCGUGCGGCGGGGAGAGCGGUUACACCACGUUGUCGGACCCCACCACCCCUACCAUGACCCCUUCCGCUACCCCGGUUCCCGGACAGCAACCGCCGAGGGCUGGCGCGGGGGCAGGAGGAGGAGGCGUGGGGCCCCCUCGUUCCCCCGUGAAGAGACACCACUGCACUUUUGAUGGAUGCGACAGAGUUUAUGGGAAAUCGUCCCACUUGAAAGCGCACAUCCGGACCCACACAGGCGAGAGGCCGUUCCCAUGCACCUGGCCCGACUGUGAAAAGAAGUUCGCCCGCUCAGACGAGCUGGCCCGCCACACCCGCACGCACACGGGAGAAAAACGCUUCCUGUGCCCGCUGUGUGACAAGCGCUUCAUGCGCAGCGACCAUCUGAUCAAGCACGCCCGGCGCCACCCUGACUUCCAGCCCGCCAUGUUGGGGCGCAACAAGGGCAUGUCCUCUCCCAGCAUGACUGUCCAACAUUAGAUGGUUCAGGUUACUCGGGGUUUUGGGGCAGGCGGUCACAAGGGGGUUUUAACCAGCUAGAAUUUGGUUCAUUGAGAAAAAAGUUCAGCAUUGCUAUGUUGUGCUUAAGAGGCGCACAUACAAAAAUCGACACACGGCUGGAUGUGAGGGGCAAGUAGCUAUGUGACCACAUUCCACCUGCAACUAUAAAAAGGGUUGGUAUUAUGGGCUGGUACUGAAAUUAAACCAGUUCCAAAUCCAUAACAGCGGAUUUCGAUGUGCUUUUCGAUUCCACUUAAUCGAUUCCUGGAAUAAGUUGCAUCUGUUGCACUUUGUUUUCAAAUCGCCACUUGCAGGCGAAUCAAAAGUGCGGUGUUAAAAUAUAGUGGAACACCUGUCUUUUUAAAGGUGACGGAUGGAAGAGAAAUCCAGUCAAAUGUGAAGCUGCACAAUUCAUUUAAUUGUACUAUGUCAAAAAAGAUUUUCUAUUUCUAAUUUUGGGACACAAUAGGUCUGCUGGAAGGAUCACACCAGCAAAUAAUGGAAUUAUAUCUCGGGUGUAGACUUUGAGUACAAAAAAAAAAGCAACAUACUUUGUCGUUUGAAACAGACAUUCAUGGUAUGGUAAGAUUUACAGAAAAUAAAUGUUUUUUUUUUGCUUUCAAACAAAAUUUGGGUUUCUUUUCUCAGGCGGGAUCUGAUGAUAGUUGGAAUCGAAAAAGCAAAUUUGAGUUGACCAAAUAAACCCAACCCUUAAGUAAUCUCAGACUUCCACAAUCUGCAGGGAUUUUUUUUCCUCCUUUUUCUUGUCAAAAUCUGCACAUCACAUAACAGCCAAAUCUCCUCUGUUAUCUAGUGGUUACUUUGUAAAUUGUUGCCAUACUCUACAGUAGCAUUUAUUUACUGUGGGUGGCACAAUAAUAUUGUGAUGGUAGCUUAGCACGGCAGCAACGAGAAGAUUCUUUCUAUUCUUUCCAUGUUUUUGCAACUUUUAGUGGUGAUACAUUCCUUUUUUUUUAUUGCAUUUAAAGCAUCAUCAAAGUUGUUUCCUUUUAUAUAAAAUUUAACCAUAGCUCAAAUACUACUUCGGACAUGAAGUGGCUCAAGCUUCACUGUUGAAGAGCUGUUUGCACGCUAUCCUUAAGCCGACGCCCUUUAGCACCCUGGGAACGCUGACACAUAAUACGUCUUAGUAUUAUGUCUAAUGAUGAUGCAAAUGUAUAUAAGCUUUAAGCUUUUGAAGUAGAAAAAGUAUAAUGCUACUAGCAGCAGAAUUAAUACAUGUGAUGUAGUCCUUAUAUUAGGGGUAACAGUAUGGGCUUGAUAGGAAGGCUUUGCAAGUGUGUGUUGGUGUGUACGCGAGUGUGCUUUUAUGUUUCAAGAUUUUUUUUUUUUUUAGCAUAUAUAGCUAAUUUUGCUUUGUGAUUUUUGAUGCGGUAUCUUCAAAGUUAAAGCAUCAAGUCCAUAAGUGCUGUGAAACCAGAUAACAGAAUAUCCUUCAGGUUUGGGUGUUUUCCUCACACAGCAGCCUUAUAAAUAAAUAAGACUCUUGCCCUGCGGCGUUCAUGUGGUACUGCUGAGCUGUCUGGGACUAAGAACGGGUACAAAAUGUGAUUCAACUUUUCUGUUCAUAAAACGCUUAUUGUGAUAAGAAACUAAGGAGAUUGCGCUUAACCAUCAUUUUGAGAGCAAAUACCAAAUUCACUGGAGAAAUGCCCAUUUUCCAAAUUAAUCUGUUGAUCUUUGGUGACAUUCCGGCCCACCACUCAAGCCGUAAAAAGAAAGUCUGGACAGUGACAUACGCGAGCUCCAUAUUGUAACGCAGCUUGACAUAACGUCACUAUGCAAUGCAACACAAUUGACUAUUUUCAUUCAUUUCCAUGUUCAUAAGAGAUGAUCAUCAUGACCAGUGAGUGAACAUCAUAAAAAAUAGGCUACGAUGAUUAAGACAACCUCCCUUGGUUUUUUAAUUUAAUUUUUUACCAUGGCUGUCACAAGGAUGUGGGUGCAUUGGCAAUGGCACUCCCCUCUAAAAAAUAUAUCACAUGAUAUAUAUUUGAUUUGAAACCAAAUACAUGCAUAUAAUGCUCUUAGAUUUGAGAAUGUAACAUGAAGAAAACCUUCGCAACUUAGCUGCAGUAACAUUAGUCAUGUUAUACAGAGGAUGAAGAAUAUAUGAGCUGCUGCACUGUUUGUGUUCAAAUAUUUGUUGCUUAAAGAGUCACAACUACUGCAACAUUUAUGAUAGUUUUGUUAUCCCGUCUAUGGAGUUUUGCAUAAUGUGUUAGCAUUAAGCUGGAGGACUUUGAUAAGACAAAAGUUAAUGUGGUAUGGUUCAAUACAUGUAAUUCUCAUGAUGCUACAUUUUGUUUAAUUAAUAUUUUAUUAAUAUAGGUUUUACCUCCCACAGGCGUCGUCUUUCUGUGUUUUUCAGGAAACGAUGCAUCUGCACACCUUGUCCGGGACAAAUGAAACAGCUUCAAGCCAGAUAACAAAAAUGACCAAAAAUCCACUGACAAAAUGCCAAAAACAUACCUAAUUUACCACAUGCCUGGACUGUAAAUGUGAUGGAGAUUCUGAUUGACAACAUGGCGUCCAUAAACCCAUGUGACAUGAUUUAACCAGUUAAGUCAUUUCAUCAGUUCAAAGAGUGUCCAAACUUUCUUUUCUACUGCUUUGUAUUGUCCUGCAUACAGACAUGCAUACAAACACAAGGAAAACACAACCCGUCUGUUGUCGUCACUUGACUCCAAACCAACAGGGGUCAGCAUAAUUUAAUGGAGUUGAACUGUCAAUAACUUCCUAGUAUUAGCUUGAGUGUAAAACUCAGUUUGACUCUUACUGGUUUCAAUUUGACCCACUUUGGGCAAAAAUGUUAACUGAAAAUUCUUCUGGUAGAUUACAGCAAUGCAAUGUUGUAAGACAACUUAUUGCAGAUAAUGUUUUUUGAAAUGGCUCCUUUUUUAUUGAUGUGUUUGUAUAAAAUCAUUUGUUUGACAUCAAAAUGUUGACUUUGCUGGGAGGCAAUGUAAAACUAGAGGUAUAACUACUCACACAAUGUUAGGGAUCUUAGCAUAAUUUCAGGAUGAACCUAAAAUGCUCUAUAACCUUUACAGGUGAACUUACUUUCACUUACUUACUUAAAACCGUGACUUCUAUGCCUUUGCGUGACUCCUUCAGUCACUCUAAAAGCUUAGUGGCCACUGAGCUUACGGUGUCGUCAUUGGGUUGUGACAGAGAGACUGGAGGAGUCACAGAAAGGCAUAGAAGUGGUCGCCCUUGUAAGAGUAUUGGAACAGCAAGUUGUGCAUUGUCAAAUUUAGAGAAUGGAGAUGUUUUGUGAGUAGUGUAUUUCAAACAACUUCAAUGGCACCAAAAGAAUGGAGAUGUUUUGUGAGUAGUGUAUUUCAAACAACUUCAAUGGCACCAAAAUGUAGCGUGUCACACGGCAACACACUCACUCACUCACUCACUCACGCAUGCAUGCAUGCACGAUGAAGUGAAGCAAACCUCAGUUUUUCCCAACACUGUUUGCCCAGCAUGGACCUAUUCCUUUAGCUCAACAAACACCUCUUCAGGAGACUCUGAAAGCCUUAAACUAUGUUAAAACUACUUUGCACCAUGUUUACAGUUUGAUCAUUCUCUAGGUAUAUAUACACUAUGUCCACUAUUUGGGCUCUUUACACAUACUCUUUAUGCAAUAUGUCUUUUUGUUUGUCUUGCAGUUGUACUUGGUUAAAAAGGCGUCAGGGCAGUGUUACUACGCGUCUUCAAGCAAACACUGUGGAACUUUUUCAAAAUUGUUGUUGCUGGGUUGUCAAACUGCCUUCAGUCUAAGUGCUUUUAGAAAGGGUAAUGAAAUGUGAUUUGAUUUCCCAGACAGACCCGGAUUUGUUUUGACUGUUUCACCCGCACGCGACAGAUGUCCUUGUUUUUCCAGCAACGACCAAUAGUGCAACUUUAUACACGGGUCAAUAUCACUCUGGAGUGCCUUUGGUGUCCUCAUCAGAAUCACUUGAUCAUCGCAAGAAUGUAUCAGAAUAAUUAAAUUCUGAUGUCUUAUGUAAGUGGCUAAACAUUUACACAUGUACCAGACUAAUGAUAACAGUAAAAUGUUUGUUUCAUUUUAUAUGAUCCCCCCCCCAUUGGAGGAAAUUUAAUUUGGCAGGUCCCACACACUGCACUGCUAACUAGUGUGUGUAAAAAGUGAUUACAUAAUAGUAAAUCUACAACAUUUCUGCAUGGUUUUACUGAUGUUAUUUGAUAACAGGAGUCCUGUUGAUGAUGCAUAUUCUAUUCUCAUGAUCAUAUUGAGCAUUUUGUCAUUAUGGGGUAACUGGCCCUUCAGGAAACCCUCUGAUGUUUUCAGUGACAUCACGACCAGCAUUUUGUCUUCUUCACUGUAAGCUGAGACAGUGGCUAAAGGGUAAAUACUUAGUUAUGUUUGGUAAUUUUCCAUCAUUUUAUGUGUGUAGGUAGACAUGUUCAAGCUUAACAUGUCCACACUGUCAUAGUGAAAUAUCAAUUGAUAUACACACCUUUCAAAAAUUGAAAAUAUAUUUGUUAAGUUGCUAUGUUAAGGUCCACUAUGUGCUUAUAAAAUGCUAACAUUCUCCAAAAAUGUCCACCCUGUUUUUGACCAACCUGUCCGCAAUGUCACGUUGCUGUUUUUGUGUUUUUAAGUGUGGGAGUUUGACCAAUAUGCAUUUCUAACAGCAAAACAUAUACUCAGUACAAUGAAUAUGAACUUAAGUGAAUGGAAAUGUUCAGACUUUAGGUGAAAUGAGGACAUCUCAAAGGCAUCUUAUGGUGAUAUUGACUCAAAUCGUCUCACUGUUCAUACCAAUGGGAAACUGUACUCAUUGUAGUAAAUGUUUUUAAAUUUGGUCAGCUUUUUUUUUUCUUUAAGACCUGUUGAUUAGUUUUCAGUUGCUGCUGGCAGUGACUUUGGACUCACAGAAAGUUUAACAUGGAUUUACACAAACUACCUAUUUUUCCUCACCUCCUGGUGGAUGUACUCCUGUCAUUUUCCUCUCACACAAACAUGUGUCCUCACACAGACUCUCCAGGUUUUAAAGCUACAAUAAUGCAAUAAGAACAUACCUCAGUUUUUUUUCUGCUCUUUUUUUCCCUUGCAAAAUCCAUCCAACAUGCUUCUGUCAUUGAAACCUUAACAUCGCAGUUCUCGCACACUUCUCAUCAAAUUUCUGUUGACGUGAAGCGGUAAUGUCUUAACCGCAUGAAUUUUGCUCCACUUUAGAGUUUUUGAAAUGUUAAGCAAAAAAAAAAAAAAAAAAACAUACUGGUAGGCUGUCAAUUCACUGCGGAAAUCAAUUGUGAAAGAGCUCAGCCCAAAUCUUGUUCACAUCACUGAAUGUACUUUGUUGGAAGCAUUAUCUACUUUGGAUUUAUUUUUUAUUUUUUUAUGUGCUGCCCCUCAGGGUAAUAAAAAAAAAUAAUAAAAGAGAUAAUUUCUCUAGCCACACACUAAUUGGGAUAUGCACAUUGUACAAAGAAGGAUUUUUUUUAAUUAUUUUUUAUGCCUAAUUUUUUUACAUUAAUGUAAUUAAAACAACAAAAAUCUGUUAUGAAAGCUUUAGUUAAGGACAAUAGGAGGAAUUGGUGGUACAAAAUAAUUGCUGCAACAAGCUGUUUUGAUAUUUAUAUUCUCAGGUUUGUUCAGUUUUCCGCAUUGGACUUUCUAGAUUUCCUGUGUGACACAAGCAUGUUUUAUUUCAUUUUCGCUGAUUAAUUUAUUACAAAGCGUAUCAUUUGUGUGGUUUGAUUCCUUUCAUAACUACUUUUGUGACAUGGAACAGUGCUAAUAUUUAAAAAAAGGGUUCCAUUGUUGGCUUGACAAAUGCUUUUCUUCCUUUUUUUAUCAAUAAAAAGCCCUAAAUUUA